GUUUGAUUUGACCAGUAUUUCCCUUCGACACUAAAGUCAGUACAGUAUGUACGUUGCACAUAUGUGUGAUGAUAUAUUGUUGUUGAAGAGAUGCAACUCUUCCGUCGACCCAUGGUUCGUCAGCUCACUGACUAAGCCAAUUAGUUCUCGGCCCCAACCUCACCUGCCACUACACAACAAGCUUAUGACCUCAUUUCAUGUUUGAAAAUUAUCGUCAAUAGUUCAUACUCACUCAGCCUAUAGACUAC